AUGUUCGUUCUAAGUUCUCCAACUGCUUCUUGGGUUGUUGAUCUCUACAACAAUAACAUUACCGGUUCACUUCCUCUAUCAGUUACCCACUUGUCGUUUCUCCGUCAUUUACAUCUCGGUGGAAACUUUUUCACCGGGAAAAUCCCGUCAGAGUAUGGUGUUUGGUCUCAUCUCGAGUAUCUCGCUGUUUCGGUAACGAGCUUUUCGGACCUAUUCCGCCGGAGAUCGGAAACCUUACUUCACUACGUGAGCUUUACAUUUUACAACAUCUAUGACGGUGGUAUCCCACCGGAGAUUGGUAACUUAUCGGAGAUGGUGAGGCUUGACGCUGCUUACUGUGGUUUAACCGGUGAGAUUCCGGCAGAGUUGAGUAAGCUUCAGAAAUUGGAUACUUUGUUUCUUCAGGUGAAUGCGCUUUCCGGGUCUCUUACGCUGGAGCUUGGAAGCUUGAAGAGCUUGAAGUCUAUGGAUUUGUCGAACAAUGGUUUCACCGGUGAAGUUGCGGUGAGUUUUUCUGAGCUGAGGAAUCUUACUCUUUUGAACUUGUUUAGAAACAAGCUUCAUGGAGCGAUACCGGAGUUUAUCGGCGAGAUGCCGGCGCUUGAAGUGUUGCAGAUUUGGGAGAAUAACUUCACUGGAAGCAUUCCUCAGAGUUUGGGGAAAAACGGGAAGCUUACACUUGUUGAUGUUUCUUCAAACAAGUUAACUGGUUCUCUUCCACCUUAG